AAGAAAAAAGAAAAGAGGUACAACCCCCCACCCACUCCCCGAGCUCUUCAUUUGGACUACAGGUCCAGCUGCGGUGCACCCGCCUCCUGCGCGCCUUCUAGGCAGCCGGCUGGGUGGAUCCCGGAGAGGGAGGCGAAGCUCCAUGCCGAACGACGACACAUUCGGCAAGUCCUCUACCCCGACCGAGGUUCCUCACGCUCCCGGGGCCCCGCCGCAGGGCAAAGCCGGAGGUUACAGCAAAGCUGCCGGGGCGAUGGCUGGAGCAGCCGGGGGCUCGGGCGCGGGGGGCAGCGGAGGUGCCUCGGGCUCCGGGCCGUCGGGCCUGGGUUCUGGAAGCAAGAAGUCCCCGAGGCUGCCCAAAUGCGCUCGCUGCAGGAACCACGGUUACGCGUCGCCGCUCAAGGGCCACAAGCGCUUCUGCAUGUGGCGGGAUUGCCAGUGCAAGAAGUGCAGCCUGAUUGCGGAGCGACAGCGGGUGAUGGCCGCGCAGGUGGCCCUGAGAAGACAGCAGGCCCAGGAAGAAGAACUGGGUAUCAGCCACCCGAUUCCGCUGCCCAGUGCAGCCGAGCUCCUGGUCAAAAGAGAGAAUAAUGCCAGCAACCCGUGCCUGAUGGCCGAGAGCAGCAGCUCUGCCCAGCCCCCACCGGCCAGCACCCCAACCCCCUCUGCCUCAGAGGGACGCAUGCUCAUCCAGGAUAUUCCUGCUGUCACCAGCAGAGGGCAUAUGGAGAACACAUCUGACCUGGUAUCAGACCCCGCCUACUACAGCAGCUUUUACCAGCCUUCUCUGUUUCCUUACUACAACAAUCUGUACAACUACCCCCAGUAUUCCGUGGCCUUAUCUGCUGAGUCCUCCUCAGGGGAGGUGGGGAAUUCCCUCGGGGGAUCCCCCGUGAAGAACAGCCUGCGGAGUCUCCCAGCACCUUACGUGCCUGCUCAGACUGGAAACCAGUGGCAGAUGAAGACCUCAGAGAGCCGCCACCCAGUGAGCUCCCAGUACCGGAUGCACUCAUACUACGGGCCUCCCUCCUACCUGGGCCAGAGCAUGUCCCAGAUCUUUACCUUCGAGGAAGGCCCCUCCUACUCAGAAGCCAAAGCCAGUGUGUUCUCGCCCCCCAGCAGUCAAGAUUCUGGCUUGGUCUCCCUCUCCAGCAGCUCUCCGAUGAGCAACGAGAGCUCGAAGGGAGUUCUGGAAUGUGAGUCUGCGUCCUCGGAACCUAGCAGCUACGCCGUCAACCAGGUCCUGGAAGAGGACGAGGACGAGUGAGCCGCCACCCGGGCGACUCUGGUCACAGGGUAUUAGGCGGCUUGUUUUGUUAUCAGCAGGGUUUGUUGUUAUUUGAAUUGGCAGUGCUGGCUGCCCAUUCAGAAGUUUGGUUCAUGUUAGAGUUAAGUUAAAACACUUGUAACAGUGUAGGAUCCCAGACUACCACCUGCAAGAAGUAAGUGCCUGGCUCACCAAGUUUAAACAGUAAUGAGACCCCUCCCUUGCCCAGAGCCUGGCCCUUUCCCUUCCACUGCUUUUUUUUUUUUGGGGGGGGGGGUCUUCCAGAGAAAAGAAUUGCCUGUAUGCCCAAGUUACUCACAAUUACACGCUACUUUUGGGGUUCAAAUGAAAUUUUCGGUGCCUUAAGUUGUAACCAAGUUUUCAGGAUUUUUUAAGAAAACCAAGAAAAUAUAAAUUUAGCUCCAAGUACUUGACCAGUGAGAAGAGCAGGCAAACAUCUUUUUAGAAUUCUGCAGACAGUAAAUGGAGACACUGUUUCUGUGUUGGUGAUGGAAAUGGCUGCACCCCACACCCCAAAUCCAAAUGUAACAGGAAUACAGUAAGAAGAAACCACAGCGAGAGGAAACCAGGGGAAACCUCCCCAAAGCCUUACUUCUCAGAUAAAGGGUAACUUAGAAAACACCGCGAAGUGACCCCAGGAGGCAUUUCCUGGGUGUUGUUCCUAGAAUGAGUUUAACUAACGUGUACAUUUUCUUUACUACAGGGGGGAAAAAUGGAGGCAAUUUAGACGAUUUUGUAACCUUAGGUUGUAAUCUGGCUUGAAAAUUAGUACAUCUUUAAAAGUUACCACUGAUAUUUGAGUUCAUUAUUUUGUUAAAAAUUGCUUUUGGAGUACUUCCUUGUGUUACAGGAAGCCAUCCUGAAAUGGAACCGGUCUAAAAAAAAAAUUAAUUGUGGUGUGUGGUUGCAGCUGUACCUGAAAUAAAAACGUUAUUGAUGACUGCA